GCAGGUACAGCGCCCCCAUGAUCACCACCCACCCUGACGGGAGCUGGUCUUACUCUAAAGCUACUCAGCAGUAUGACGUAUGUUUCAGCUCAGACACGCUCAAGAGUGACAUAGUAGUUUUCCCCGCCCCGUUUCCACCUGUAGAUGGCGAACUCAUCAGUAUUAACGGAGGAGACACUUUUACCAGUACUCAGACUUUACCUAACAAAGAAAAGGUAAGAACACAGUGUUUAUAACAGCUUACAAUUUUACACAAAGGAAGCGCGUCAUUGAACUUGUCUACAUGCGGUUAAUUUAUCCUGCUUUCAAAGAUUAACCUUUACAACUGUCCGCAGCUUUAAGCUAGUCUUUUCCAUUUAAACUCGCUGUUUAAAUGCCGCAGAAGAGAAGCCAGUAUGCGGAUAAGGAGCUUUUGGUGGUUUUGUUUAAAAUUAAUAUAAUCACUGCAUGUGAGAAUAUUUAUUUGAUUUUCCUUUCAGAUUGUUUCAUAUAUAUUGUUUUAGGGUUCGUUUCCUUCUUGUUUGCGUUUAUUUUUUCGUUCAUCGUUGCCUUGUUGCUCUUUAACAGUCAUUUCACUCGAUGUUGUAAUAACUCAGAUUUUGCUUGUGUCCUUACAAUUUAUUUCAAUAUACCCUUAGCAUAUACCUAAAAGAUAGCGACAUUUUGUGAAUACGCCGUUUUUGACACACCGCAAUGGGUUUCACGCCUUAGGUGGUAUAUUUCAGUUAAAGGCUGAAACAAGCGAAAAACAAACAAAUAUAUUCUAAAAUUAAAACAAAUAAAUAAGACAGUGUUACACACUAACAAUAUAAAGAGUGUUUUAUUUUCCUAACAAAUCAACCAGAUGUUUUCUGGUUCUGUAAAACUGGACUGAUGACAUUUAUUUUAUUUUCCCUUGGUUUCUGUUGUAAUUGGUGUAUAGAGCCAUAAGAGGGCGGUGUAGACCAUAAAUCAGAGACAUGUCCCGAGGCCCCUCCCAGAUUGAUAACGUAAUGAUGUCUUGUUGGGCUGUGACACAAAGAAACACAGAAGCACGGAGAAAAGGCUCGAGCAUGAUCUGCGCUGAGGAUGAAACAGAAGAAAAUCGAUAACAUUUCCUGUCAAUAUUUGACAUAAACGGGACCCGUUUAAAGUUGGUUUCAUGCCCUUUUUGGAUUAUGGCUUCAAUUAACAAAAGUCCUGCGGUGAUAUACUUGUUUUUUGUCCUGCUGGAUUUUUAUUCGGAAACGGCGUCCGGGCAGCUCUCGUACUCGAUAUCAGAAGAGGUGAAUCGAGGGACUUCUGUAGGAAACAUAGCCAAGGAUCUAAACCUAGAUGUCCAUGAGCUGGAGCCUCGCAUGUUUCAGAUCGUUAGCGGAUCAAAGAGAAAAUAUUUCGAGGUAAAUCUAAAGACGGGCGUUCUCUUUGUCAGUGAUAGGAUAGACAGAGAGGAGCUCUGUGGAAAGGCCACGAAAUGCACACAGAGCGUGGAGGCUGUGAUAAAUGCCCCACUCAAGCUAUAUCGCUUAGAAAUAAAUAUUCUAGAUGUUAAUGAUAAUUAUCCAGCUUUCAGUACUGACUCGCAAAGUAUUGAAAUAGCAGAAAUCACAUUACCCGGGACUAAAUUUCUUGUAUUGUCAGCCUUUGAUGCCGAUGUGGGGAAAAAUGGCAUCAGUAUAUACAAAUUAAGUGCAAAUGAACACUUUUCAUUAGCAGUGAAUAAAGGAGAGAGCGUAUCUGCUGAACUAGUCCUCCAGAAACCUUUAGACCGAGAAAAACAACCAGUAAUAAGACUCACGCUGACUGCUGUAGACGGCGGAACACCACCGAAAUCCGGAACCUCACAGUUAAUAAUCAAUAUCUUAGACAAUAAUGAUAACGUCCCAAUAUUUACCAAACCACUGUAUAAAACAAGUGUCACUGAAAACACGCCGCCAGGCACAUCAGUGAUAACUGUGACGGCGACGGACAGUGAUGAAGGGCCAAACGGGGAAAUUUCAUAUUCACUAAGCAGCAAGGACCAAGACCAUGUUCUCAAUAUAUUUCAAAUUGAUGAGCACACGGGAUUAUUGACAGUCAAGGGGAAGAUUGACUUUGAAGAGCACCCGGCUUUUGAAAUCCGCGUGCAAGCUUCUGAUAAAGGCUCUCCUCAAAUGACAGCACAGUGCAAAGUAUUAAUAGAAGUAGUGGAUUUAAAUGACAAUAGCCCUGAAAUUUCUGUAACCACCCUCAGUAACACUGUAAAAGAGGAUGCAAAAAUAGGUACUGCUAUUGCACUUGUGUCAGUUGUGGACAGAGAUGGGGGUAAAAACGGAAUAGUCUAUUGUGAUAUUAAAAGUGAAAGUCCCUUUAAGUUACAAACGAAUUAUAAAAAUUACUACUCCUUGGUAGUAGAUGGUCAGCUAGACAGAGAGAGUCAUUCUCAAUAUAAUAUCACUAUCACAGCUAAAGACGAUGGAAUCCCAGCUCUCACAAGUACGAAGGAUUUUAAUGUUUAUGUUUCAGAUGUUAAUGACAACCCCCCCAAGUUUUCAGACACUGUGUUCAAUGUAUAUUUAAAAGAAAACAGUCCACUGGGAGCUACUCUGCAACGAGUAUCUGCACUGGAUGUAGAUAUUGAUCAAAAUGGACAGGUAACCUAUUCCAUUGUUGAGAGUAAAAGUAACUCCUUGCCAAUCUCGACAAUGGUAAAUGUAAACUCUAAGACUGGAGAUAUAAUCAGUCUGCAGUCUUUUAACUAUGAGGAGUUAAAAACGUUCCAGUUUGAAGUUCAGGCCACAGAUUCUGGUGUUCCUCCACUCAGCAGCAACGUGACUGUUAACGUUUUAAUCCUGGAUGAAAAUGACAACAGUCCCACGAUUCUCACGCCAUAUUCUGAGCACGGCUCCGUUAACAGUGAGAACAUCCCC